GCUUCCGGCAGAAUCAAAUCGAAGGCGUCUAGGCUUCUAGCUUUUCUGGAACCCAGUGACUAAGUGGUAAUUAAUGAUUACAUCAAACACCAAACCGUAGAACCUUAGAUAAGUAUAUCUUUGAUUCUUUAAUGUCUGCCGCAUGUUUUCCAGUAGAGCUGUAGCUCACCGUUACAGUUGAAGCAUAGACAUUACCUCACGUGUUGUAACAUUAGUAAUGGACCUGGACAUUUAGACUUUUUUAAGCGUAUUUCUCCUCCUAAAUGUUAGAAAUGUUUUCUACUGGAGAUGUCCAAAGUUGUCUCCGUAAACUGGAGACCCACAUACGAAGGAUCAAGUACCCUGGAUACGUGGACUUUGCUGGGCUCUCCAAAGGAGAUCCCUCAGCCUUUCUUCCACUUGUGGGCUUCACCCUAACAUCUUUCUCUGAACCUUUUGCUGAGCAACUUAUGGCAGCUGGGCUGGAACUGACUGGAAAAACAGACCUACGAUUUACUGAUGCCUUUUACAAGGUUCUGCGGGACGUCUUCCACUACAAGCCCGUCCUCACCAAGCAGCAGUUCCUCCAGUGGGGCUUCGCUCAGAGAAAGAUUUCCUUCAUUUGUGACGUCAUUAACUUGGUCCUACAGAGACACAAUCAGCUAAAGAAGGUGUCCAGGAAGCCAGUUGUGAAGGGCAUAAAGCAGGAUUCAGCUUUUACUGCACGUUCCUCUCAUGCAGACGCCUUUUCCUCUCACAAUGUGACCAGUACUUCUUAUAAACAAAGUUAUUAUUCCAAUACUUCUUGAGAUGGGAUCAUAAAACCGCUGAAAGGAGAGAAGCACAAUGAUAACCUUUUGUGUGUAAGCGUCUAUGAAAGUAAAAUGAUUCACUGAAAGCUUGUUAUAGACACAAGUUGAAGAAAACUUUACAUCACAUCGCCCAUUUCAGAAUACAAUGAUUGCCUAUAUGAUGAUGAUUGAUUAUUAUUACUACUAUAACACCAUUUGUAAUGUUGUUAGACCUUUACAGUUCCUUGCAUUUGGGAAUAACAUCUGAAGUGUGGGUCUUUUAAUUGGUGGUUGAAUAUUUUAUGCGAUAUAAACGGCCCUUUUUGUUGUUCAAUCAUCUUGGCAUUGGAGUUCCGUCUGUUCCACCUGGUCUGUCUGGUCGUCUCAACACGCUGAAUAUUCUGGAGAAACAUCUGGAGGAAGUUCAGAAACAUAGAAAAGGUUUACAACAUAUCCUGUGCUUGCUUAAUAUAUUCUUCAAAUUCUUUUUUUUUAAAUGUAUUUAUUGUUUUACUAGCUAAGUUCCAAAAUCAAUAUAAUGAAAAAUGAGUUGUAUCUUAUUAACAGCGUAGUGCCACCUUAUGUGCUUUUAUUAUUAUAUGUUAUAGAAUGAUAGUUUAUAUAGUUAUCUCUGUCUCCAGGGAGAGUUCUGUUAUUAAACGCACGCUAGAACUGAGUAAUACACAAGUGAGAGAAGGAAUUAAAGAUGUGACAAUAAAAUGUAUCCAAAAUACACCAAAUAAAUGGCAGUUGAAGUGUGUUUAUAUUCAUGCACACAUACA